AUGUUUGACCGGAUGGGCCGCCAACACGGCAACCGCCCCGACCCCGGCUAUCCCAUCAAACAAGAGGAAAUCGACAAGGCCGUCGCCGGGGCCGUGAUUAAGGUCGGCGCCAAGAAUGUCCUGCUGAUCACCGCCCUGACGGAGGAGGCUUUUCGCCAUGGCGAGUUCUUCCUCCGCUCCGAACACGACGUGCGGAUUCGGGAGGAUCGAACCAAGGCCGAGGCCGAGGCCGCAACCGUGAAGGUGGCGAAACCGAAUAUGUCCUUUGGGCUCUCGCUGCUGGGGGGCUCCAGCGGGGGCACCUCGGCGCUGAUCUUCGGGGCGCCAACGCUGCGGAAGCGGCCGCGUGAGGGCCAAACCGGCUUCACCGUGCCCAUCGCCGGACGGCCAAAGGUCGGGAAAAACGGUCUCCUGGAGGAGAUGAAGCCCCUUCAUGACCCGGAUCGCGCCGGGGCUGUGGUGCUUUUCUACGCGAACUACAAACGCGAUGCCCUCGGGCGGCCGCAGGUCUCCGUGGUGGUGGAUCCCAUCCUCGGCGAUAAGCUCCGCCCGCAUCAACGGGUGGGCGUGAAGUUCCUCUUUGACUGCAUCACAGGGACCCGGAUGCCGGGCUACCACGGCGCCAUCCUGGCGGAUGAGAUGGGCCUGGGCAAAACCAUCCAAACCGUCGCCGUGAUUUACACCUGCCUUAAACAAGGAAAACACGGCAAACCGACGGCGCGCAAGUGCCUUGUCGUGACCCCGUCUUCUCUUGUUCAAAACUGGUGUAAUGAAUUCGACAAGUGGCUCGGCCCGGGCGCCGUGAAGCACUUCGCGAUUUCCGAGUCCACCCCGAAAGGCGACCGCAUCAUCUCCCGCUUUGACGGCGACGGCGAUGUUCUCGUGAUCUCCUACGACCAGCUUCGCAAAUACAUCACUCGCAUCUCCUCCCUAAAAUCGGUCGAGCUGGUGGUUUGUGAUGAGGGGCACCGGCUCAAGAAUGCGGAGGUGAAAACCACCAAGGCAAUUGACCUGAUGCCCACGCACAACCGCGUUAUUCUCUCCGGGACGCCGAUCCAAAACGACCUUUCGGAGUUCCACGCGAUGGUGAAUUUCGUCAAUCCCGGCAUCCUCGGCAACCGGGAGCUUUUCACCCGCGUCUUUGAGGAACCCGUUUCCAUCGGACGAGACCCUAACAGCGGGGACUACUUCAAGUCCCUCGGCCACGACCGGGCGCACUACCUCUCGGUUCUCACUCAGCGCUUUAUUCUUCGCCGAACUCAGACGAUUAACGAGUCCUACCUCCCCCCAAAGGUGGAUUUAACCGUUUUUGUCAAGCUGGGAAAGAUGCAGGAGGAGGCCUAUCAAAAAUUGCCGGCGAUCGCGGCGAGCGCCGGCUGCACGCCAUUGGUGCUCAUCUCCGCCAUGCGCAAGUUGUGCAAUCACAUGGACCUUUUCGAGGAGGCGGUUCGCCUUUCCCGACAGCCAGCCAUGAAUGGGGAGGGUGAACGCGCGGGCCGGCGAAGCCCAGAAGGGAUCCCGCUUGGGGUCCUCCCCAAGGGCUUCGCCCGCGGAAGUCUGAACCAGGCCUGCGGGAGUAAACUGCACUUCGUCUCCCUCAUGCUGGAUGAGCUUCGCCGGAAUGGGGAGUGUGAUAAGCUGGUGAUCGUCUCCAACUUCACGCAAACCCUCGACAUCAUUGCGGCUUUGUGCGCCUCAAAAAAGGUUUCGUACUUUCAGCUUGACGGCAGCACGCCGAUCAAGCGGCGCCAGGAGUUGGUGGACUACUUCAACGUCCCGACCUCGCAGGAGAUCGUGUUUCUGCUCUCCUCCAAGGCUGGAGGUGUCGGUCUGAACCUCAUCGGCGCGAACCGGUUGAUCCUUUUCGAUCCGGACUGGAAUCCCGCAAACGACGCUCAGGCCAUGGGGCGUGUUUGGCGUGAUGGUCAAAAGAAACGGGUCUUUAUUUACCGCCUUUUAAGUACCGGUACGAUCGAGGAAAAGAUCUACCAGCGACAGGUUAGCAAGCAGGGCCUCUCUGCUAAUGUGGUGGACAUGCAUGAGGACUCCAAGCAGCAUUUUACGCUUGAGGAACUCAAAGCACUCUUUCAGUAUAAGCCGAAUACCUCGAGCGACACACACGACCUUCUCGCUUGUAAAGACUGCGAAACGGCCGUAAUGGAGGCCAAGGAACGUAAACUCAACGGCCAGCAGGUCUCCCCUAAUAAGAUGAAGUUCACGAAGGUCUCUAGCACCAAGAGUACUGGACCACGCAUGGAUGAACUUAAAGCAUGGCGUCAUGUAAAGAAUAUUGUGAAUCUCUCACUUGACGCUGUGGUGCGUUCUAUAGCUAUAGCGGCCCCUCACCUUCUAAGUUUAGCUUUUAUUAAUGAGCGCGAUCCUGCUAAGAAACCUAAUGAGCCUAAGAAUGGGAAGCAGAAUAUGAAUGACGAUUUAGACUUAGUACUGAGAGUAGAGAAACCUUUUGAGAGUGACGAAGAUAACAUUAUCUGCCUUAGUCAAGCAGCUAUACAGGAAAAAGAGAGUCAACUCGAUAUUGAAGUUCAUGACGAUGAUGAUGGAACUGAAUCAGAGUUCUCAUCAGCCGAAGAAUCAUCAGCAUCCUCGAGCAAUGAUGACUAG